AAUCCUUGUCCUGAAUCCGGAGCCUCUUUUGUUUCCAAAAUCACAUUCUGGUGGUUUGCUCGGCUGAUCUGGAAAGGCUACUGGACUCCAUUACAGCCAGACAUCCUGUGGUCACUAGCAAAAGAGAACUCUUCUGAAGAAAUCAUGGGCAAGGUCAAAGAUGCUUGGGAUAAAGGCUGUCCAAAAAGUGAACAAAUGACCAAAUUUGCGAGAUUUAAAAGAAGGCUAACCCAGAGAGAAAAUGCGGAUGAGACUACCCUAUUGCUCCAACCAGAAGCUAUCAAGAGCAAAGAACUUCUAAAAACUUUCUGGACUGUUUUUGGAACUUAUUUUCUUCUGGCAACCCUCUGUUUGGUCACCUGUGAUGUCUUCUUGUUUUUGGUUCCAAAGACACUGAGUCUUUUCCUAGAUUUUAUCAAUGACCAAGAAGCUCCUCUUUGGAUAGGUUAUUCCUACGCUGCCGCGAUGUUCCUUUUGGCUUGUCUGCAGACGCUGUUUGAGCAGCGGUACAUGUAUAUGUGUUCCGUGCUUGGCAUGAGG